AUGCGAUUUUUUACUAAAAAAUUAAGCUCGGGUAGUGAACGAGUUGGAUCUAUGACUGGAUUCUUAAAAACGCCAUCAGCCGUGGUAGAAACACCGACUGCGGCUCUAUUAACGCAGGGUGGCAGUGUUGUUCAUUUAACAGCAGAUGUUUUGUCUAGAGUUUUCUCUGACUCUAAACUCCUGUGGGUACCCCUUUCUAAUUCAGCACAUUUAGAAAAUGGUUUAAAAGCACAGGGGAAAGGUGUAGCUCAAUUUGCAGGCUUGCAAGAACAUUUUACAUGUGUCACCUUCCAAAACAUGAAUGAAGUUACGCCAUCUGGUCAUUUUGAAGUAGAUAAAGUACCAUUAUGGACAAAGCAUGGAAAAAAAAUGAUAUCAGCUGACAGAUAUAUGGAUCUAAUGGAAGUGUUCAAACCCGACAUUAUUUUGGCGAUUGCAGAUAGCCGUAUGUCUCUUGAAGAGGGCUACAAGAGAAUUGCAAAAUCAGUUGACAGAACCACCAAGAUGUUAAACACAUGUGUUGAGAGAUACAAAGUAUCGAAGGAACUGCAGAAUAGUUGCCUUGUAGGAGUCGUUGUUGGUUGUGCACAAUCUAGGAAGUUGGAGGAAAGUCUACAACAUUUUUUAAGACAUAAGGAUAUCCUUGGUGGUGUAGCUCUUUCUGGAUUAACAGAUGGAACAGAAGAAUCUAAUGAUGUACCUAUAGACAAAUUAGAAGCAAUUUUUGAGAAAGUUUCGAAUGCCUUACCUAAAGAUAUAUUGCAUGUUGUUGAAGGAUGCUGGAAUCCAGCUGUCAUUUUAACCGCUAUAAGUUAUGGCUGGGAUGUCUUUGAUGGAUCGUAUGCAGUGAAACUGUCAAACUUGGGCCAUGCAUUAAUAUUAAACUUUGAUGUAACAAGGGAUAUGAAAUCUUCCUAUUUAUUGGAUCUGAAUGAUGAAUGUUAUAAAGAUCAAUUUGUGCCAAUUCUGGAGAGCUGCGAGUGUCUCGCCUGUGAAAAGCAUACCCGUGCGUACAUUCGUCAUUUACUAAAUACAAGAGAAAUGUUGGCAUCAGUAUUAUUAAGCAUACAUAACCUUUAUCACUUUGAUCAAAUGUUCUACCACGCUCGCCAACAUAUACUUACCAAUACUUUCGAAGUUUAUAAGAAACAUAUCAUCAAACAAUAUGAAUCGUAUAGAUCCUUAAAACUGGAAAUGGACAUAGCUGAAACUGAACCAGACCAUUCUCUGCAAGUGAAGAAAAAAAGUAAAUUGGUUGAAGAAGUAACCAAUAAUAAUUAUAAGGUUAAUUGUAAUAAUAUUUAA